CACGCCCGAUGGAGCGAACCACGCGCUGGAGAGGCCCUCCGCUCGUCUACUUGGCAGUUGGCUUCGGGUUGGGGCUGCUCAUCUCCGCCGCGAGUCGGUCGAGGGGUGGGCAGCCCAUCGCCACCACCGUCGAGCGCCAAGCUCCAGUGACAGUCGGCAAGCGGCCUGUUCCGAUCGGAUCGCGGCGCCCUGCAGCGUCAGCCACCACGCCUCACAGUCGAGAAGAGCCGCGUUCAGACUUGUGGCGCACCUAUACCAGCUCGCCUCUUGCAGUCGGAUCGCCGCCACCGCCGCCGCCAAGGCGCUCGCCGCCACCUCCCAGAGCCUCGGCACUGAAAGCUCUCUGGCGGCCGUCGAGUCCGCUCAGCGAGGCGGAGGCGGCGUCCUUUGCGCCCGCGCUGCGUCCGCUGCUUCGCCGCCCGGCGCGGCGCCUUCGCCGCAGGUCCGACUUGUUCGGGCCUUUGCCUGUGCUUGACACGCCCGCAUCGUUUGGCCUGCCUACCGGUGGUGACAGCGGUGGCGGCGGCGGUACCGCCGUCGCCGCUGGCGGCUCCGCUCUUCGCUGCGAGGACGGCCACGGUGCGUUCGACGUGUACACUGGCGGCUGCCUCUGCCGGACCGGCUGGAGAGGUCCGACCUGCGCCGAGGCGGACCCGCAGACGUGCAACGACCCACGGACCGCUGGCGUCAAGCCGGGAAGGUGCACGCACCCGUCCGGGUGCGGUCCCGGGUGCGCAUGCUCUCGCGGGACCGAGUACUCGCACAUGCUCUCGCGCUGCGCCGCCAGCUGCGACCUCGAGUCCAACCGCUGCCUCUGCGGGUCGCGCGCGCGCUACCCGCGCCGUCAGAUGAACUUGUGCGAGUGGCGGGGCAUCGAGAAGGCGCUGGAGUGGAAGGACCCGGGGUGGGCGCACUACCGCAUCACCGAGCCGUGGAGGCUGUGGGGCAGCCCCAACUCGACGCCACCAGACCUGGCGGCCGCCCUCGGCCCCGCUGAGCUGCACCGGAUGUGGGCGACCGCGCCGCCCCAUUCCGCGACCCGCGCGUACUGCGACAUCGACGAGGCGGCGCUCGCUCGCGGCGUGGCGCCCCUCUUCAGCUGCGGCUGCUACGAGGACGCCACCGGCGCCGCCUGCGAACAGCCCGUCCGCUCCGUCUGUCUGAACCAGUGCAACGCGCCGCAAGGCGUGUGCGUGCGCGGCUGGUGCCGCUGCGCCGCUGGCUUCGGUGGCGCCGACUGCUCGAUCGCCCUGCCCGCUCUCGCCGCGCCGCGGGAGGUCGACGGCGGCAGCAGCGCCGCUGGAGGCGCGGGCGAGGGCCGGGGGCGGCUGCGCCCCUCCCGGGUUGUGUACGAUCUUCCGUCUGAGUUCAACAGCUGGACUGCGGAGACGCGGAUGACGGCGUCCGACUGCGUGUACCGAG